AUUUCCGAUAUCCGAUAUGCGCGCAUCCAAGGUCAAGCAGUUGAUAUAUAAAAGCUUCCUUCUUUCUUGUUCUCUUUUUUCAAAUAUCCGACCACAAAAUGUCACAAGUGUAUAGUAUCCUCGUCGUUGGCGGCGGCAUUGGUGGUCUAUCUGCCGCAAUCGAGCUCACACUCAAAGGGCACUCAGUCACAGUUCUUGAACGUACUUCUAGUUUACAGUCCAUCGGAGGCGGAAUCUUGAUUUCUCCUCAAGCUUGCAAGAUCAUUGACACUUGGGGAUGUUUCGACCGCUUCUUGAAACUUGAUGUUAUACGAGACAAAUUGCAAAUUUGGAGGUACGCUGAUGGGAGUUUGAUUGGAAGUAAUGACUUCGGUUGGCAGAAGAAUGUUUAUGGAUAUCCGACCCUCAACAUCACGAGAGAGGAUUACCAAAGACUGUUGUAUGAUCGUGCUCUAGAAUUAGGAGUGACAGUCAAGUUUGGAUGCAAAGUCGAUACUAUUGAUCAAGCAGUCCCAUCAAUCACUCUCGCAGAUGGAGAAUUGUGGAAAGCGGACCUCAUUAUUGGAGCUGAUGGAAUCCGAUCAAAAGUCCGCACAACCGUCCUAGGAGAAGUUGUCGACCCUCGCAUCUCAGAUACUGCAUACAUUUGCAAGAUCUCAGGAGAUGCCAUGCGCGCAGAUCCUCUCACAGCAGCAAUCAUGGCGCAACCGGAUCCUCAUGGAUGGCUUGCUCCAGGUCGACAUGUUGUCGCUUCUCCAGCUCAAUGGGGAAAAUCGUACUACAUAAUUCUGAUACUUGAUAAAGAACAUGAUCGACACCCUCCUAUUCCCGAGGAUGCUCGAGACUGGCAAACGAGAGGAGACAUCAAGGAAUUGAGAAAAAUAUUCGAUGAUCAUGAACCCAAGCUCAGGAAGAUACUGGACAUGGUAGAUGAGGAAAAUUGCAAGUUGUGGAGGGUUGGUAUGUUGCCAGACUUGAAGACUUGGAUUAGUGAAAGCGGAAAAGUUGUCUUAGUUGGUGAUGCUGCUCAUGCCCUGAAUCCAUAUUUGGCUCUGGGAGCGGCGAUGGCAACCGAAGAUGUCGCAGUGCUGUCCGAGUGUCUGUCUCGCAUCAUCUCUCCCUCACAAAUCCCAAUUGCUAUGAAAGCUUACGAAACAAUUCGCAAACCCCGCGCGGAGAAAUUGAAAGCGGCGUCCGAGUUUUCUGGACUAGAGAAGCAUUAUCCGGAUGGAGAAAAGCAGAGGAAAAGAGAUGAGUUGAUGAUGAAAAGUGCAGGUAGUCAGAUUGCUGUUCCAAAGAAGGGAGAGAAGAACAUGCAUCCUAGUGCAUGGGUCCAUGGUUAUGAUGCUAGAGGGCAUGCAAAUACGGAACUUGAUCGGUUGUUUGGAGAUGAUGGGACAGCAACGUUCAGGAAUACUGUUCCGGAUUCUUUUGGUGAAGGGUUGAUUGCUUGAUUAUUCAGUGG